CCAAAAGGGCUCCCCUGAGUAGGAACUGUACGAAAAGGUUCCGAGCGAGUAGCUGCGGGGAACCACGUGAGACCCGGGCGCGUUUCCGGUGCGGGCAUUCGCAGCGGGAGUGAAAGACUUGUCAUCUGAAGGGGACCAUGGCCAACAGUGAGCGCACCUUCAUUGCUAUCAAGCCUGAUGGGGUCCAGCGUGGGCUGGUGGGAGAGAUCAUCAAGCGAUUCGAGCAGAAGGGAUUCCAUCUUGUUGGUUUGAAAUUUCUGCAGGCUUCAGAGGACCUUCUCAAGGAGCACUACACUGACCUGAAGGACCGCCCCUUCUUUACUGGCCUGGUGAAUUACAUGCACUCAGGACCAGUGGUUGCUAUGGUCUGGGAGGGACUGAAUGUUGUGAAGACAGGCCGGGUGAUGCUUGGAGAGACCAACCCCGCAGACUCUAAGCCUGGAACCAUACGAGGAGACUUUUGCAUCCAAGUUGGCAGGAACAUCAUUCACGGCAGCGAUUCUGUGAAGAGUGCAGAGAAGGAGAUCAGCUUGUGGUUUCAGCCUGAGGAGCUGGUGGAGUAUAAGAGCUGUGCACAGAACUGGAUCUAUGAGUGACAGGAAGGCCCCUGCUCUUCUACCUGCUUAUCCUUGUUCUCACUGGCAGGGGACCAUCAACUCUAGAUAUUUCUGGAACUUCUUUGACCUGGAAAAACCUCUGGGAGCUGUGACUCCCUGUGCAGUGUUAAGUGCCACCGGUAGAUUAAAGCGUUUCAUCUGUA